AUGUUUACAUCAACAGAAAAGAAGAAGAAGAAGCCUAGGAUAUUGAUGUUCGACUUCGACCGCGAGAGAGGGAGAGAGAGAGAGAGAGAGAGAGAGAGAGAGCACGAGAGAUGGAGGGCGGUGGAGCCGAGGGACGCGAGGGUGGUGAAGGAGCUGCUGAGGUCGAUGGGGUUGGGGGAGGGGGAGUACGAGGGGCGCGUGGUGCACCAGUUCCUGGAGCUAGGGUACCGCUACGUGGUGGAGGUGCUCUCCGACGCCCAGCUCUACGCAGACCACGCCGCGAAACCCGCCAUCGACCCCGACGACGUUCGUCUCGCCAUCCAGUCCAAGGUCAACUUCUCCUUCUCCCAGCCCCCGCCCCGCGAGUUGCUUCUUGAGUUAGCACGGACCCGAAACAAAAUCCCUCUACCAAAAUCAAUAGCACCGACUGGAUCAAUCCCUCUACCACCUGAGCAGGACACGCUGACCAGCCCAAACUACCAGCUCCUUAUACCAAGGAGGCAGCCGCCUCAAGUUGAGGAGACUGAGGAAGAAGAAGAAGACGGCUCGAAUCAAAACCCUAACCUUAACCCAAAUCCUAACCCUAAUACGAAUCGUAGUCAUAUGCAAGAGCAGAGAGGUAGCGGCACUGAGCAACAAAUUCAGCAGCAAACGCCUCAGAGGGUUUCUUUCCCUCUUGGUGCAGCCGGUCCAGCAGCGAAAAGGCCAAGAUAAGAGAAAUGAGUGAUGAUUUAUUAAAUGAUUGUUAUGGGUUGAUAUGGAAAAUGAUUUCUAUGUAGUUAUUUUGAGCGAAAUCGCUACUAGACACUCUGUAAAGUAUGUUCUUUAACUCUGUCUAAUGUUUUAAAGCUGAAAGAGUUUUUGGCAACCUUUACGUUCGUUAAUGGAAAAUCCUUUGCCAUUUGGGAACUUUGAUUCAUUAAUGGAAAAUCCUUUACCAUUUGGAAA